AUGUUUUCUGCCAACGCUCUGACCCUUUCCGAGAAAGAGAUGAGCACUCUCGCUCUCGCUUGGCAAUGCUUCGCCACUGAACCCACCGUCGACUACAAGAAGCUGGCCGAGCUGACCGGCUACACUCUGCAGUCCGCCCAAGUCACUCUUGGCAAAAUCAAGCGCAAGCUCCGCGCUGCUGCUGACGCCAACGGCACUCCGAUGGCCAAGGCUACCGAUUCCACCGCUACGAACACCCCGAAGAAGCGCAAGAACGCCAACGGCGACGGCAACGGGUCUCCGAAGAAGGCUCGCACCCCCAAAAAGAAGGCAGCUGCCGCUACAGAGAGCCAUUCCGACGACGACGAGACCUUCUCCUCCAAGUUUGCCGUCAAGGGUGAAGCUGAUAAGCUCAUCAAGUCGACCAACGACUUCCUGGGCAUCAAGCCCGAGGACGACGAGGAAUGA